AAUUAGGCAGCACUUUAGAUAGACAUAUUUCAAUUUUCUAUUGGCUUGAUGUUUGUUUCCAUCUCAAGUAUAUGAACAGGGCCCCCUACUGUGUCACUGUGAAUUUAGAUUUUACAAGCCUUUUUUUUCUAGGUCACCCAAAAGAGAGAGAUUAAUUGGGUUAAAUAUUUGGAUUCCUUGAUGAUGGAUGCAAUCUUCUGAAAUCCUCCUAAAAAAAGUAGUGUUUUUUAAAGGUUCCACUAAAAAUAAAGAUAUAUACAAACUAGACUAUAUCCACUGAGACAAGCAUGUGGUAGUAUGGUAGAAACACAAUAGUAUAGCCCAACUUGAUAAUUCGUGAUCCACUCUGAAAACCAUUGCUUUCUUUGCAUCUUCAUGUGGGUGGCUAAUAGAAGUUCAUGAAUGAAAAAGAAUCGGUUUCUUUUGUAUCAUUUUUCAUUGUCUAACCAAUCUUAGUAUUAUGCUGGUCCAUACGCCGAAAGCCUAAAGGUGAGGUAUAAAAGUAGGAUCAACAUCUUUUUCAGUGGAACUUUAUGCUCUGAAAACAACGUAUAUUACUAUUCUAAUCGCAAGUUAGAACACAUAUGCAUCGCAAUAUAGUCUUUGAUCUAUGGAACAGAUGAUAUGAGUCAUGGACCACACUAUUAGGGGCAUCCAAUAGUUGAAUACAAAGUAACAAAACCAAACAGCUUGAAAAUGACUUUAUAUCCCAACUACUCCAAAGCAUGAUAGAUUAGUUUUGCUUAAAUUUCCUUAUCCUAAUGUGUCAUAACAUGAAUGGAUAUGAUUUAUUGCUUACUGGUCUUGUUGGUCUGGUUAGGCGCGGGGCUUUUGAAGCUGCAUGAUGAUGUGCAGACCUGUGGAUACCAAGAUGUUCAGGUUAUGUGGGAGAUGCUGAGAAGAUCAGAAACAGAGCUGAUAGCUCACAAUAACAAGCGCAAGCAAAGACCUUUCUGGAGAGUUUUUGUAUGGUCUAACAACAAUGCUUCCUCAUCCUUCUCAGCAAAUCAUGGCUAACUCAGUACUCCACCUGGAUGCUACUUCUAUAUAAUAAUAACUAAUAAUGUGUUGCCAUUGUCCUCUGUGUUUGACAUGGCAUCAUAUUUUUUAGAAUCCAGACGGCCGACAUUGCAUUGGCAUGGUCCAGAGCUGUUGCAACUAUGUCCAGAUCAAAUAUAAGAUGUAUUUAUGUUACCUCCAUUUGGGGUAAAAAGAAGUAUUAUGAAGUGAAUCAUUUUGUAAAUAUUUUGAUAUUUUUUUCAUGACCCAAUGACCCCCAAUAAAAGACAACUCAAUUU